AUGCCAGCGAUUUGGAACGUGAGUGGGCCGCUCCCGGAUGUGGACGUCGAGGUCGGGGUGACGGAGGACGCGUCGAGCAAGGGGACGAAGCGGAAGAGAGCCCCUCCCACGAAGGGGCCAUGCGAGCACGGGGUGAAGCCCCGGUCGAAGUGCAAGGUGUGCAGCGCUUGUCCGCACGGGAAGAGGCGCUCUGAGUGCAAGGAGUGUGGCGGGUCUCAAAUCUGCGAGCACGGUCGUCGGCGCACACAGUGCAAGGAGUGCGGUGGGUCUCAAAUCUGCGAGCACGGUCGUGUACGCUCUACGUGCAAGGAGUGCGGUGGGUCUGGACUCUGCGAGCACGGUCGUGAGCGCUCUCGGUGCAAGGAGUGUGGUGGGCCUGGAAUCUGCGAGCACGGUCGUGUACGCUCUCGGUGCAAGGAGUGCGGUGGGUCUCAAAUCUGCGAGCACGGUCGUCAGCGCUCUAAGUGCAAGGAGUGUGGUGGGGGCUCAAUCUGCGAGCACGGUCGUAUACGCUCUACGUGCAAGGAGUGCGGUGGGUCUCAAAUCUGCGAGCACGGUCGUGAGCGCUCUAAGUGCAAAGAGUGCGGUGGGGGCGCAAUCUGCGAGCACGGUCGUAUACGCUCUACGUGCAAGGAGUGCGGUGGGGGCGCAAUCUGCGAGCACGGUCGUGAGCGCCAUAGGUGCAAGGAGUGCGGUGGAUCUGGAAUCUGCGAGCACGGUCGUCGCCGCUCUCAGUGCAAGGAGUGCGGUGGGUCUGCAAUCUGCGAGCACGGCCGUCACCGCCAAUACUGCAAGGAGUGCGGUGGGGGCUCAAUCUGCGAGCACGGUCGUAUACGCUCUACGUGCAAGGAGUGCGGUGGGGGCGCAAUCUGCGAGCACGGUCGUCAGCGCCAUAGGUGCAAGGAGUGCGGCGGGGCCUCAUUCUGCGAGCACGGUCGUCAGCGCUCUCGUUGCAAGGAGUGCGGUGGGUCUGGAAUCUGCGAGCACGGUCGUCGCCGCUCUACGUGCAAGGAGUGUCGCGCCGCGAAUUAA